AUGAUCACUUUAGCUAAGGAAACCCGAGAGCAACCAUCGCCACAGGAGAUCCUAGGAAAACUAAACAGCCUGCAGCCGAUCGUAGAGGAUCACGCUCAUCAAAAAUGCAGUCCACAACGUACUCCGUUUGCCUGCUCCCAUCGUGGCAUUGUCAGUGUGCUGAGCAGGCUCUUGUGCUAG